AUGCCUCGGCCACAAUGGGGAGCGGUGUGUCUUUUCAACGAGCCGGGCCAGGCAGCGGGCGCAGGCGAAGGGACGCAGUCUUCUGUCGCUUCUGCGAUCUGGAGCUUGUCGAGGAGAGCCUUGGCAAGCAGGCCUGGAAGGGCCAGCUAUCGGCAGCUUCGAGCACUCCAUGCCUUGGACCAGGACGUAUUCGAUUUGGCUUUAGCCCGCAUUGGUGAGGUGUCCCCGCAGGUGGAGGAAAUCGAGCGCCUGGUGGAGGCGCCCGAGUUGUCUGUCCAAGAUCAGUGGCGAGCCUGCUUGAAGAAGCGCAAGCGCCUCAGGGCUUCGCGCGAGGAGCGCCGGAGUUAUCGCAAGAAAGUUGAGAAGGACCGCACCCGCGUGCGCCUCAAGUUCUUCCCCGAGAAGCACCGUCGAACUCCACAUUCAGACCAUCUCUGGCGACAUCGCCUGACGCCAAGUGUCCAAGCACAUGUUCGCGAUGCGGCUUCCAACCACACGGGCCUGCCUGCCGCCCACCUGACCAACAAUGCCGCCAUGGUGGAGAAGUGGUGCAAGUGGGGUUCCUGGACCACCUGCCCUACUUGCCAUUCCGUGCAGCCCCGGCGCACGAAGAACAUCGACGCGCGCCGACUUGCGGGUCCUCAUCACGCGUCGCGUGACUGCAGAGCCUGCAAAGCUGCCGGCGGGCGCAACAGCGGCGUCGCCACCGUUGUUGCAGUUUCUCGGGCGCUCCGCAAGCUCAACGCCCGCGUCGUGAAGGCCCUGCGACCCCUGGACGUGGACUGUGGGCCGGUGCAACGAGCUCUCCAAGGCUACCGCAUACACACCAGCGUGAUCCGCUUCAGCUGGUCCGGCAACUCUGUCGCCGACAAGAUCCGGGCGUUGGAGCGCGAUGCAGAGAGAACGAAGGCCCUGGAGGCGUACGACUUCCUCAUGCAGCACGAGCGCUCCGCGUACGGCACGUUCGUGCGGGUGCUGGGGCCCGUCCUGGAUUAUGCUGCCGAUUACGAGCUCCUGCAGUUCGUGUUUGACCUCUCUGUCUGGUCGGACCUCGGUGGCAAGCGGAAUGUGCGCCAGGACGCGCCGAUGCGCAUCCUCCUCAAGGGUUGUCCCUUCGUGCCGUCCUGCUGGGCUGUUCGUCACGCAGCUCUUCUCGACCUUCAACGCCAGGGCGCAAUGAAGCACGGCGCGGCCAGCGCCCGCUGGACGGACGGACAGCUACUGUCUGGGAUGGCCGCAGAUGGCACGCCGGGCAUCCAAAACUUCCGCUUCCGCUUGGAAUAUCAAGACGGCAAGCGCAAAGAGGCCACUCAACAGUAUCAUGGUCGUGAAGCCGUUCAUCUUCACGCCAUCUUCUUCGGCACCGACGCCGAAUGUUUGAACCUGGAGAGGACCAUGAAGGCCGAGGUGCCGCCGCGUGAUCACCCUCUUCGAGGGUACGUCCUCGACGGGCAGGCGAGUCGCACCGGAAGCGGCUUGGAAGUGCGUGAGGAGCCGUCCGUCUUCGACAAGGCCGCAGGCACGGUGCGGUUGCGCCGCAGGGAGCGCGAUGAGGCCAUGGGCAUUCGGGCCUACCAGGAGGCAGAGGUGGAGGUCCUCAAGUGCCACGUUGACAACCUCUUCCCGCGCACGGGAGCGGAUGGGCGCGGGCUCCUUAUGCGCUACGUCGCCACCUAUGCGCCCAAGUUCAGCGACAGCUUUGCGACGGAGUGGCUUGCGGACGAGGGGAGCACCGGCUACGGCAUGGCCCUCCGCAUUCUGUCCUGCUACCACCCUGGAGGCACGGUGCAACCGCUGGUGGCCCCUUGGCCCGACAUGCCGCGGAAGCCAGACUGCGUGGCCCUGUCUGAGAGCUCGCCGUGGCGCGGGGACGACAUGAGCCUGCUGGAAUUUCUCCGGAAGUCCAAUAGAACGGGCGACAUCACGCACGCGCGGCGCAACUGCCCGAUGGCCGGCGAGAAGAUCAUCGCUGAGGAGCUGGUCUCACCCUUUUCGGACAAGUUCUUUGGCCAGUGGCUGAUGCUCAACAGGCCGUUUCGCAGGGCGGAGGAUCUGCUGGUUCCGGAGAUCUUAGAGAAGGACGAGCAGCGCAUCCGCGAGGACCUUCUGCUUGCAGCUGCUCGAGGGAACGUCUACAUCGAGAACGUGCUGUCCAUGCUGCGAGCCCAGGCCAGCCUAGUGGACCGCUACCUCAGCGGGACUACGCUCCGUCAGCAUGUGAUGACCAACGUCGAUCUUGUGUUGCAGCUGCGAGCUGCUGAGACGGAGGAGGAAGCAGAAACGCUCAUGUCCGACUUUGAGAGCAACGGCAGGAUCCUUGCCGGCCUUGGCCCACCAGGCACCGGCAAGACGGUCGAAGAGGCAGUGGCCAAGGGGGCGAGAGUGCUGUAUGCCCUUCCCACCGGGCAGCUUGCAGCGCGGAUGCGCGUCCGUCAUCCAGAAAUCCAGAUGGACACGUGCCACAGUGCUUUCUGGCUGCGCCGUCCUCGCGCUGAAGCCGUCGCUGCCCUGACCGAAUAUGACUUUGUGGUCGUCGACGAGGUUUUCCAGUUGACCUGCGAGCACUUUGACCGAGUCUGGGAGAUGUUCAACGCUGCCGGGCGCGCCGUUUGCCUGCUGUUACUCGGGGAUCCGUGGCAGCUGCCGACCGUUGACGGGGAGGCGCCCGACUUGCGCUGGGCCUGGAAGGCGGCCAUCCGCUCGCACAAGCCUAUGGGGCAGGCUGGCAAGCAGCUGGUGGCUCUGCUCUGCCGCGACCACAAGGCCUGGACUGGGCACCACGAGCCCACGGACAUGGAGCGCACGAACGGUGAGACCACCUUCGUCACGUGCACUCGCCGCGGGGCGGCCUUACUGAACACGCUGGCGACGGAGGUGCUGUUCGAGCGGAAUGGUCAGCGAAUCUUGGGGCAGGUCCCAAUCGAGUACGACGAGAACCCUGAGAACUAUGACGUCCGGGGCAGGCUCAUCGAGACCCGCGCCCCGCUUGCCGCCCAGCUCGUCCUCUACCGUGGCGCGCGCGUGGUUCUGACGCGCAAUCUCAACAAGCCGGAGCAUUUCGUGAACGGCAUGGUCGCCACGGUUGAGGACUUCGACGCGAGGGCCGGCUGCAUCGUGGUCCGCACCGUCACCAACCGCCGCCUCAGCAUCCACCGGUACACCGAUGACGCAGUCCCCCACGGCCGCUGCAUCUACUACCCAGUUCGCCUUGGCUACGCUGGGAUGGGUACAAGUACCAGGGGCGACACUUCCUCAUGUGACGCUGUGGCUCGAUCGCCCAGGGUGUCCCGCUGCCGCCUACGUCGCUCUGACCCGGGUGGAGAGGGACGAGGACUACCUCAUCGGCGGCAUCGUUGA